CUCCACUAGAUCAGAUCGAGACCCAGCACGGCAAUGAGGAAGCCUGAUCCAAAUAUGGCAAAAGACAGAGUUAACAACAGCAACAACAAGAUGAAGCUGAGGAAGGGACUGUGGUCACCAGAAGAGGACGAGAAACUCAUCAAGUACAUGCUGACCAAUGGCCAAGGCUGUUGGAGUGACAUUGCUAAGAAUGCUGGUCUGCAGAGGUGCGGCAAGAGUUGUCGCCUUCGUUGGAUUAAUUACUUGAGACCCGAUCUCAAGCGUGGCGCCUUCUCUCCCCAAGAGGAAGACCUCAUCAUACAUUUCCAUUCCAUCCUUGGCAACAGGUGGUCUCAAAUUGCUGCUCGUCUUCCAGGAAGGACGGAUAAUGAAAUAAAGAACCUCUGGAACUCAACACUAAAGAAAAGAUUGAAAAACAACGCAUCAACAACCUCAUCACCCAACAAAAAUGAUUCAUCGGAUCCCAGAGAUGUUGCAGGAGGAGGGAUUUUCCCUCUGCACGAACAGUACUCGGUGACCUUCUGCAUGGACUCGAUUUCCUCAUCAUCGAAAAUAUCAAUGCCACCGCCGAUGGUUACAAACAACCAAUUCGAUCCGUUUCCGCUGCUCAAUAUCAACAACCGAUACGACCUGACGUGUGCACCAGGUUUACUAGAUGUGCCCACAUGCUUAACACAGGGAGGUAUGGGGGAGGCAUCAUUUUAUGGGGAUUAUGGGGUACUAGAGCCUGGGAAAUUAGGGUUUGAAUGUGACUUUUCUCUUCCUCCACUUGAGAGUAGAAGUAUUGAAGACAACAAUGCCGCAGCAGCCAUUAACAACAGCAUUGAUCACAGGAAACGCAACAGCCACCAUAAUAACACUUGCUUCAACAACACUGAUCAUCAGAGCAUUAAAGUAGGAGACAUGUUCGGGUUAGAAAAUCAUCAUUGGGGAGGAGAAAACUUGAAAAUGGGAGAAUGGGAUUUAGAGGGUUUGAUGGACAAUAUAUCCUCCUUCCCUAAUUUCCUUGAUUUCCAAGUUGAGUAACUCAACCUACACUUACAACCUUGCCCUCUAUCUUCCAAAUCUCUUCUCUAUACCCAAAGCCACAUAUAAGAAAUAUUCUUCAUUCCCCCCCCCUCUUAUCUUCCUUAUUGAUUCAUUAUACAUUUUUUUUGGAUUUUUUUUUUCAAUUUGGGACGUCUUGGAAUAAGGAUAAAUAGGUGAAGAUUAGUACAGAGUAUAUGAAUUCAAACAUGAGGAAUGCAGGAUCAGUGCAAGAACCAUGGUCGCCACUUUUCUAAAGAGAAAUUAAAUGUGAAUAGUGAUACAGAAAUAUAGAAAGACGAAAUAAAAAGAUUAUAUUUGUUGAAUUGUAGUUUCGAUUUCAUGUAAAAAAAUAGGGGAAUAAUUUGAAGGUA